AAAAUCUCUCAACAAACCCCACAAUAACGCUCUCUCCCUCACUCUCUCCUCUCUCUUGCACACAUACCUAGAAGAAGCUAAAAACCACCUCAAACAACAACAAUGUCUUCCACCAUCAAGAAAGUUCACAUCAUUACCCAAAUUGUCCGUCUCAAACAAGUAGUCAAACGUUGGAAGAACCGCUCUGUCCUCUCUUACUCCUCAUCAGACGAAGAACCGGCCGGUUCGAAUCGGAAACGUACACCUUCCGGUUCAUUAGCGGUUUAUGUAGGUCAUGAACGACGCCGAUUCGUUAUUCCAACCCGGUUCUUGAAUCUACCGGUUUUUAUAUCUAUUCUUGAUAAGGCUGAAGAGGAGUUUGGGUAUCAACACACUGGUGGUUUGGUUUUGCCAUGUGAAGUUGAGUUUUUUGAAGAAAUGUUGAAGUUGCUUGAAAAUGAUGAACAGAGAUAUGGUGUUUUAAGGUUGGAUGAGAUUGUUAUGGUGAUUUCUGAAGUGGGUUUUGAAUCUUGUAAAGAACAAGCUGCUUCUUAUGGGUUUGUUCCUUUGGUUGAAAAUGCUAGAGUUUGAACCGGCCGGUUCGGUUUGUUCCGGUUCUUGAGGAGGGAGAUUUAGGUUUAGGUUUAGGGGUUUUUAUUUUUCCUUGGCCUAACCUUUUGUUUAGUUUCUAGGAAGGUGUUAUCUUUUUUUUGUUUUUUUGGAUGUUAUUUUUCAACCAUUUGUGAACUCAGAAAUUUGGUUUUAUGAAGGUUUGCUGGGUUCCAAAGAGAUGUUGGUGAUUUUUUUUUUUACUUUUUUUUUCUUUUCUUUUAGGAAUGAUUCUGAUGAUGAAAAAUAGCUUGAAUUAAUGAAAUUGACGUUGGAAUUUGAAAAA